AUGGCAGCUGUAGGCCUGACUCGCAGCCCGUUCCAAGGCGAGUCGCACAGCUUCCACAGCCAGCAAAUCAAGAGCAUACCCAUACUACCCUCGGCCGCGGCACACACGACCCACACGAUCCCUUCAUUCGACGCAAUGGACGUCAGUCCUCGACAACAGCAGCAACAGUCUGCGCCUACUGCAUCAAUGGCACCCCCGUCUAGCGACAGCACCAGCGGCGAUAAGACACCCGAAGCAUACCCAUCAACACCAAACGAGCAACAGCAGCAUCUACCUGUCCGACAGACAACGAGCAACGGCGUAGCAGUACAAUCAGUGGGGGCAGCAGCAGCCGCUCAACAACCCAAGGUGGUUCAGACAGCCUUCAUACACAAGUUGUACAAAAUGCUCGAGGACCAGACUAUACAGCAUCUCAUAUCCUGGUCCAACACGAACGAGAGCUUCGUCAUGUCGCCAUCGUCCGACUUCUCAAAAGUUUUAGCGCAAUACUUCAAGCAUACCAACAUUUCCUCUUUCGUGCGUCAGCUGAAUAUUCGAGCCAAGGCUUACACUGCCACAGUGAGCGAUGUCUUUCACACUGGAUCGCCGGACGCACCACUUUGGGAGUUCAAGCAUGGAGCUGGCAAUUUCAAGCGAGGUGACCUCGUUGGCCUGCGCGAGAUCAAGCGUAGAGCUUCACGACACGCACUCAUCCAUCGCGACUCCUUCCCCGCUCCAGCUCCGAAGAUGCCAGUACCAACACUAGUCGGACCACCUGUUGAGCAGAUGGCAGAUCCACUUGAGACUCGUCUCAACCUUAUGGAUUGGACGCAGCAGGAGCUAUUUACCCGCCUGGUCAGAACCGAGGAGGCAUAUGCCUCUGUGACAGCCAAAUGCCAGACACUCCUCGAGAACAUGACGAGAUGCUAUCAGUGGAAUCAGGACCUCUCGACUCAGCUCUUGGCUCUGGUGCCUGACCCUGACAACCCUGUCCACCGCGGGAUCUACGCUAUGCGCCAAGACAUAUCACGACAGAUGGAACAGCUUCGGAAUGUGGAUGAAGUCCACGAUAGCAGCUUUGGCAACAAGCAGUCCUACUUCCCCAAUACUGCUGUCCCUGUGGAGCCUGUCAUGCCUGCUUCUCCUCGACAAAGACCCUUUGACGAGUCACGACGCCCGUCUUUACAAGCCAUGGGUCGACCUAGCUCAUUUAGAUCUGGGAUGCCAUCACACCUCCAGACAUCGCCACGACGAUAUGGCUCAAUCGGUACUGGUCACGGAGCAUACUCACCAACCUCCUCGCGUCCAGCUUACCCACCACCUCCGCCACCACCGCAGCCGCAGCACCAGCAACCGCAUCCGCUGUCGAAUAUGCAAUCACCCCCUGCAAAUCUAGCCCGCCGACAUACGUCAGCGGAUAUCCGUAUCCAUGGCUGGCAAGGGGGACAGCCACCAUCAUCUUAUAAUCACGGCAGCUCACCUUAUGCUUCGGGUCAGUCAUCUUCGGCAUGGCCCUCAUCUCCGCGAGCGACCGCCAACCCUGGGGACCAACAACUGCGAGACGCACUCGCGCAGUACGAACUACCCCGAGCAUCACACAUCUCGUCACGACAGCAUUCGCCGCCACCUCCCGCAGCUCACGACUCCGGUGUGCCAUCCUUCGGAAGCAGUUUUGGUAACUAUGCCAACCCCAACGAUGCAGGAUGGCAGCUUCCUGGCCCAAAAUAUCCUUUUAGGAAUCUAGAGACGCCUGGUGGUCCCAGUCGGAGGAGUAGCAUGGCGAGUAACGUUCACUCGCUGCUGAAUCCGGCUGAUACUGCCGAGCGUGAAGGCGAGGAUGAGGGCCCCGAUGAGAGGAAGAGGAAACGAGUGUUAUGA